UGCAGCUCGUAAUCUGCUCCGACGAGGAACAGACGAUUUAAACCGUUUAUGUGUAACUGUACGGAGACACUCAGUCAAGAUUCCUUUGCAUCUCUCGACUUUCUCUUGUGACAGUUUCAAUCCAAUUUUACUCGAUAAUUAAUCGGACAUUUUCUAUCUCGAGUAUACAGGUCAUUUCUCGUCAGUAAAACAAUGUCUAGCUAGCGUCGAGCUAACAGUUUAUCCUCUCAGCUUGAAACGCUAGCUAAUACCACCAGCAUCGACCCCCGGAGCCUCUCUGCAACAUUUCCCACCACUGGCAACCAGCAAUGCAGAAGACAUGACGAUAAAGCAGACGGCCUCGUCCACCUGUCAGUGAACGUGUCUGACAUUUAUCUCCUCUGUGUUGAUCAUUCAUCCUGACGAAAUGAAUUUCUUGCGUAACCGUCUUGUUGUUCUGGGCCUGGUGUUGUUGGCCACGUUACUGCUGUACCUGCUGCUGCCAUCAAUUCGCCAGGGCAGCAUGGAGCCGUCCCUGGAAGCUCAAAGAAUGGGGCUGAUGGCCACCCCUCCUCCUCCGCUUCCAACCAUCAACGUGUCCAUUCGCACCGGACAGCUACCCGGUGACCCUCCGCUAUUCUUCAGAGAAGCUUUACCCAUUGAUGGAGCUGGACGACAGAUAUUGCCAAGGCUGCAAGUGGUCCUUCUGCAUGGCCAGGCCUUCACAUCCAAAACCUGGGAAGAGCUCGGUACGAUGGCCUUGCUCGCAACUAACGGAUAUCAGGCCUUAGCGAUGGACCUUCCAGGGUAUGGAAAGUCACCAGACUCGGAGGCUCUGAAGACCGAUCAGAAUCGAGUGGACCUCCUUUCAAGGUUCAUGGAGUCUUUGGGCGUCAGGGCGGCUGUGCUCUUGAGCCCCUCCAUGAGUGGACAUUACUCUAUCCCCUUCCUCAUGAAGAACAGUGAUCAGCUACAUGGCUUCAUUCCCAUAGCACCAGUUGGUACCCGAAGUUACACUCCACAGCAGUACCAAAACAUUGAGACUCCCACUCUAAUUGUGUUUGGAGCCCUGGACACAAACCUGGGUGCCCAGUCCCACAAGAACCUCAUGCAACUUCCACAUCACUUUGUGCUCAAGCUAGAAGGAGCUCGUCACGCCUGCUACAUGGACAAACCCAGAGAAUUUCACCAAGGGUUGAUCGAAUUCCUCAGCAAACUGAAGUGAGGAAGAGGAGGUAGAAAGAUGGAGAGAGUCAAAGGAACACUAGUCUAGCUCUAAGGUUUUAAGAUCUGAUAUUAUCAUCGCCUGAAGCGAAGAACAGUGGCAUGGGAGUAGGUUUUAAUACAUGGAAAAUGGCAUGUACAACCCUGUAGUGACACCUAACAACAAUAUUUCAGAUGUUUCCAUUAUAAAAAUAUUCAUUUUUUAAUUUACCAUCGUGUCAAAUUCUAGUUCAGCUCAGCUCGUUGUAAAAAUAGCUUCAGGUUUGUAUAGUGGUGAGUUUUUGUUUCAUGUGUUUCAUGUCUCUCUCUGCAUGUAAAAACAUGGAAUGUGUUUGCUUCACUCUGUUACCAUUUUUGUAGGUGACACGUAGGUUGCUGUAAAUAUGCAAAUGUUGCGGGUGCUUGUGUUUGAAUCGCUUCUACUAGCUUCACAUUUGACAGAUUUGUAUAUUAAGAUCUGGUAACCAUUUCAGCUUCCAGGAACACACAUGCUCAACAAAAGCAGAACUGAUAUACAGUGUAAAAUACAAAAAAAUAGAAUAUGGACCAUACAAAAUGAAAAAAUAGCUUACGUUUAUUUAUAUAAUGCUCAUAAAGUUAUAUGUAAUAUAUUUGCAAUCAGUUUGGACAAUCAUGCAAAAUACAAACUUAAAAUAAGAGAUGUGCAUAGCUUAAAAUAAAAACAAAAAACUGUGUGUUUUGUUUGUUUCAGUUGAUAAAAUAUUUUGAGAACUGGAGGUUAUUUUGAUGCACCUGCUGUGCUGCUGGCCUUUUCCGCCUUUUGUGAAAGUUCUUGGAGAGUUACUGACACCACUUUUACACCCACCAUUUGCAUCUUUUGCAAAUGUUGAAAACUAUAAGAUGCCACCUCCAAACAGUUGGUCCCCCCUCGACCUGAAGUGAGAAAACAAGCAGACAGAAAGCUCUCACUUUGCAGCAGUUUUCUCUAAAUCCUCUGCAUGUGUUGUCAAAUUGGUGAAGAUAUUUUCUUUAUUUGCAUGUGUUCUGUCUGUUUGUAUGCAUUGAGCUCUCAAGUUUACCUUUAUUUAACCAGGAAGUCCCAUUGAGAUUGAAAAUGUCUUUGACAAGAGAGACCCGGCUGAGGUAACACAUUUAAAAUGCAACAAAUACAACAUAUAAUGCAAAAAUCCACAGUAAAACAACUAUUCAAACAUAGUGGACUCUCAAGAAAAACAAGCUCAUGUCUCUGUCACCACAUUCUUUAUGAUACCCUUAAAUUCAUCAAUGGAUAUCAGGGUUUCUAAUUUUAGAUCUUUUUGAAGAUUGUUCCAUGUCCAAGGUGCAGAGUAGGAGAAGGCCGUUUUCCCCAGAUCUUUUCUGAUUCUACCAGAGCUGACACACAGAAGGGUGCUUAGGUAGGCUGGAAGUUUGCCCAAUAUUGCUGUAUAGAUAAAAAUAUACCAGUGCUGUUGUCUGCAAGUUGUCAGUGAUGAUGAUGUCCAACCCACCAAAUCACAAUGUAUGGCAAAAACACAAGAAAGAGGCAGAGCACACAUAAAUAAUGUAAAAACAAUAAAGACAAACUAAAGAUAUCUUGACCCUGAACUCACUAUACUCUCAUAUUUCUAUACAUUACCUAGUCUGUUGAGGCCCACACAAAAUCUACACUAAUUCAAUUUAAUGCUACAGAAGAGAGGUACAUGAAUUAUAAAUUGAUUUAAUUUUUAUGAACCAACUCAUGCUGUAUUUGUAUGUGAAAUUUUGUGAUCUAGUUAAUCUUGCACAGACAAUUUACAAAGCACAAAACAAUUUGCUUCCUAACUGUAUGUAGAAGUGGUUCGAGACUAGAGAGAGUAAGUA